GUGACAUGCUGUCUGGGAAAGCCUCUGUAGCGCUCAAAGGCUCACACACUCACUGGCUUACACACUUUUUCUGUUUUUCCUCUCCUGUGCUUUUGGUGCUGACAGGGGAGAAUGACGGCAUUUUCAGCAGCUGUCAUGAGAUUCAACUCACUGGUGAAACAGUGAAAACACUCAUACACACACUGAGAGAUACAUAUGAGGACACACUUUCUUCAUCGCACAUGAGGAAUGAGUUGAGAAGUGAGAGCUGGAAGCAACACAGAGACAUCUCUCCUGCUGAGCUGGAUGCUCUUUGGAGGGAACCUCCAUACACUCUUGGGGGUGAACACUUCUCAGGAAAUGACAUCAUGACUCAAGGUUCAGGGGAAGAGGAGGAUGGUCCUCUGGUGGAGUCGGCUGAUGGAGGAGUGGAGACUGACAGCUACUGGAAGAAGAAAGAGGCCUUCCUUAGAGGAAGUAAAGUGUCGCUGGGAGAGAAAUUCUCCUCAGAAAUUGUGCUGUUGUUUACUGGGCGGAGGCGCUCCAGUGUGGAUCCUGACCGGGCGCUACAGGAGGCACUGCGUACCCGACUGCGAGUGGUGGAGAGUAACAGCCAGGACGUCAUCCAACUCUUUAAAGACUUGUCUGCACGUCUGGUGUCUGUCCAUGCUGAGAAGGACAGCUUCGUACUCACAUUCAAGACUGUCGAGGAGAUCUGGAAGUUUUCAACAUACCUAGCUUUAGGUUAUGUGGCUCGUUGCUUGGAGAACUUCCUGUGUGAUCAGUCCGUGUGGCUGGACCCCGAGCUGCUCAGUGACCUGGAGAUAAAUGUCACUGUGGACGAGGAACAUCUGGCCACCCUCUACCUGGGCCUGUUACUCCAGGAGGGAUCCUUCUUUGCUAAGGCACUUUUCACAAGGAGUGAUCAGGAUGAGGAUGACGAAGAGCAGCUGUCGUUCAUAAAGAAUGACUUGCUGAUGGUGAGGGACACGGGGCAGGACAACAUGUGGGAGGGCUUUAUGCUCUCCACAGGAAACCACGGACUUGUGCCAGUCAACGCCAUGCAACCUCUGCCUUACCCUUUCUAUCAGUGGUUCCUGAGGAAGUACCCAGGCAAUGUUGGUUGCACACCAACAGAAAAGGAACCGUUUGAGGACUCUAUAGUGACGGGUUCCUGUGUAGCCGUGGUUGACUACAGUCCAGUGGGCCCAGAUGAGCUUCAGCUAAGUCAAGGUGAUAUUGUGGAGAUCCAGGGUCUGCUAGUCCGAGGACUGGGCGUCUUUAUAGGAACACACACUUCCACUGGUCACACUGGCUUUGUACACAAGGCCCAUGUCAAACCUCUGGACAUCAAACCCCUAGACAGACAAUUGGUCUUUCUGACUGAGGAGGAGCGGGCCGGCCUGGCUCAGGUUAACCCCUGCAGCUCGGAGCCAAGUGACAGCAGCCUGCUGGAGAGGCUCUUCUCAUCUGACAUCAGCUCUGUGUACAGGCUAGACAGACUGGAUGAGACUGACUUCAUGUACAUCAGAAAUCGGCCAAAACAUGAUCACAAAGUCUCCACAAGCACUCGUCUGAGUGUCAUGUCAGAAGCAAGUGGAGGGACGCCCCCGUACCACUCCUCCCCCCGCACCUCCGUCUCUCAGUCCCAUCCUCGUCUGUCCCUCUAUCAUUCCCACAAUCCUCUGCCACAGGAGGGAGAGCACCUGUCCUUCACUCUGGACGACACAUUCAGGGAAAUGGACGAGUUCCAGGAAGACCCACCUCUCUUCUUAGAAGACAACAGCUGGGAGGGGGACGACUCUGAGCCCAGUGACCCCACAUUGACCCUGCUCAACCAGGAACACUUUCAGGAGGACUUCCUGCCCCUGUACGACCUGCACUACUCCUUCCUGUGGGCGACCUUCAGCGGGAAGACUGAGGACGAGCUCUCAGGGCACCUAGAGAGCGUCAGGGAGGGCGCUAAGAGAAUGGGCAUGCACUGGGCACAUCGACGGGCAUGCUUCCUACUGGGAAGACUCUGUGCCAGGAAGUUAAAGUUGUCACAGGCUCGUGUGUACUAUGAGGAGUCCCUGAGUGUUCAGGUGGACAGUUUCUCUGACACUCCCCUCCUGGUCGCUCUCUUCACAAACCUCACUGCGGUCUACCUGAAGCAGAAAAUGACUGACAAGCUGCCUCAGACUCUGGAGAAGGCGAGCGCUCUGCUCCUCUGCCUGCCCUGCCACACCUUCACCUCCAUGGAUGAGGCUGAGCUGCUCAAUCUGCUCCUGAGGCGAUCGGUGGUGAUGGGAGACAAACACCUGGAGGCUCGUGUCUGCUACCUCAUCUCCAGCCUCUUGCUGCUUCUUAAAAAGACUGAUGAAGCUCUUCCCUUUGUGGAGCGGCUCCAGUUCCUCUCGGUGACUCUCCUGGCGGCUGAGGAGCCUCCGAUAGUUCUCCUCGACCUCAACUGGCUCUUAAGCUGGCUCUAUCAUCGUAAAUACAUGCCUUACUUAGUGCUAGCCUCCCUAAGCCUGGACUCGAGACAAGACCACUCCCUCCAAGAUCACUUCCAGAGGAUCGAGUUGUUUAUCAGAAACUCUGUACGCCUGAACCCCUGCUGGAAGGAAGGAACCUCCCUGCUCCCUGUUCAGAUUGUGGUUUACCUGCAGCAGGCUCUGGCUAUAGCUGAGCAAGGAGAGGACAUGAAGACGCAGAGGGACCUGUGCCUGGGCUUGGCUUCAGUCUAUCAGCAGUAUGAUGCUCUGGAUAAAGCCGUUCACUGUGCUCAGCAGGCUGUUGAAACUGGAGGACACAUCAUCGAGGAGGAGGGGUUUGAGGCGUCUGUGCUGCUCGGAUGGCUGCUGGUGUUGACCGGGCAGGCUGAGCGGGCUCAGAGUGUCCUGCAGCCACUGCUCACAUCCCUACAGGGCACAGACAGUCCAACGCAGCGAGGCGUGAUCCACAACCUCUUGGCUCUGUGCCUGAGGCGGCAGGGUUGUAUCCGAGAGGCAGGCAGGAAUCUCCACUCUGCUUUGGUAAUCUCCAGAGAGAGUGGAAACCAGAGGAACCAGGCGCUAGCACUGGCCAACCUAGGCUGCUUGGCUCUGGAUGUGGGGGCGUCUUUGUUAGCAGAACGCUUCCUGGUCAGAUCCCUUCAUCUUUUCAUGGAUCUCGGUGAAAGCCCCACAGAUGAAGAGCAUGUUCAAACCUACCUUUGGCUGGGGCGGAGCUACAAAGAUAGAGGGAGGAGUCAGGACAUCAGGGCUUGUUAUGAAAUGGGGCUACUAAUUGCACUGCAUUCCAGAAAUUUACACAGUCAGAUGGUGGUGGCCAAAGUGCUGAGUCGGCUGUAUAAUGACAUAAUGCUGUACGGUCAGAGCAUCGUCUACUACGAGCACUGUGUGUCUGUGUCCAGAGAGCUGAAGGACAAGAGGCUGGAGGGGGAGUAUCUGGAAAUCCUCAGCAGCCUCUACCUCUCUCUCAACACUGAGAAAUCAUCCCGUAAAUCUCUGGACUACACUAAGCAGAGCCUGAGGAUUUCUAUUGACUUGGGCAAGAGAGAAGAGGAAUCAGAGACGUGGCUGCAGGUGGGACGCAUCUAUUACCUCAUCCUGGAGGACGAGCUGGCUGACAUGUAUCUGCAGGCAGCAGUGAAGACAGCGCUCAGGAUGAAAGAUCCUCACUUUGCCAUGAGCAUCUACGAGGAGGCGGGAGACGUCUACUUUAAAGGCCACAGGAACAGGAUGGCUUCACUUCCUUUCUACAGGGAUGGCAGUCUGCCAUUUGCACGGAGCAUCAAGGACAUUGACUCAGAGUUCCGUUUGUUGAGUAAACUGACGGAGCUGUUAAUGAACCUGGGAGAGCAGGAGGAGGCCCUGCAGUACGCGACACUGGCUGUUCAGAUCGCCAACAAAACAGCUGUGUCUGUGAACGAGAGGACAGCCUACCACCGGCUGGCUACAGUCUACUACAGCCUGCAGCAGUAUGAGAUGGCUGAGAACUACUACCUCAAGUCGCUGUCCCUCUGCCCACUCGUCCUGCAGCACCCCAUGGAGGCUCGCUUCUACACCAAGGUCUACUGCAGACUGGGCAAUCUUACGCUGCACAAUCUGAAGGAUGCGUUCGAUGCAGUGGGAUACUUCCAGUUGGCUCUCGCAGCAGCUAUGGAGGACCAGGCCAACCCCGAGGCUCUUUACGUGGUGUACAUGAAGCUGGCCGAGAUCCACGGCAACCACAUGCCCGACGCUCAGCUGUGCCAAGUUUACAGAGACAGAGCCCGGAGUCUGAAGAGAGUUCUGGCUGGAGGGGAAGGUGCUGCUGUGGGAAGGGAAGACGUGGAAAACGCUACAGACACGGAGCCAGGCCAAAGACAGGAAACAGACUCUGAUGUGGAAUGUACAGAGAGAAGAAGCAGUUUCCCUUUGACUUCUGAAGAUGAGAAACAUGAAGAAAACUCAUUUACAAAACCUUGUCUAAUCAAUGGAAACACAGAUGAUAGAUGUAUGGACACUACUUCAGGACUUACUGCAGAUAAAGAAGGUGCUGAAGGUGAUCCUCCUGAUGUGGACGGCCCGUUCGUUGACGCCUCCGAGAUGGAAACCGUGGCCAGUCAUUCAUACAGUGACAGUAUUUUGACUGAAUCCUUUGACACUGCUAAGGAGCAGAUAUCAGACUCCAGCAGCUCCACAGACACUUUGCAAACAGACGGGAAAAGCUUUGACACUGCACACAGAGUGCACAGUCACUUACCUGUCCAACAUGCAGGUGACAUUACCAGACACAGCGAGGACACACACACUCACUCUGAAUUACAGGAUGAACAAAACACAGCAACAAGAGAAACUCAUGCAGACUCUGUUGAAAGAGAUGUUAGUCUUAAGGACAAUCAGUGUGAUACUGACCACACAGAGACUGUUGUUGUAACCACAGAUGAAGAUCAAUCUGAUGACACACACAUGGAUUUAGAUCAUGUCCACUCAUAGUUAAGUCCAGAAACACGUAGUAUUCUUCGCUGACUUUCCUCAGUCUGGUCACAUGUUUGUCGACCAGCAAACCGACUCCAACGUUCCAGCCACACAGCACUUAUUGUAUAAAAGAUGUUAAUACUGAGAUGUAUGACAUUUGCAGCAUGGGCCUUUUUGUACAGUCACUUCAGAGGAUAUGACACUGUUUGAUGCAUUGUGUGUGUAUUAUAUGUUUUUAAAUGUGUAUUUUGUAUCUCUGGAAGACAAACUUCAGAAUAAAGAAUGCUAUAUGA